CAAUUUUUCAAUUUCACGUGUCAUAGUGCUAUUAUAGUAAACAGAAUUUCGCAUAAUGGCACGGAGAUAUGAUACGCGUACAACAAUCUUUUCUCCAGAAGGUCGCUUGUACCAAGUGGAAUAUGCAAUGGAAGCUAUAAGUCAUGCAGGUACUUGCUUGGGUAUCUUAGCGAAUGAUGGUAUUCUACUAGCAGCUGAAAGGCGUAAUACAAAUAAGCUUUUGGAUGAAGUUUUCUUCUCUGAAAAGAUUUAUAAGCUGAACAAUGAUGUUGUUUGUUCCGUUGCUGGUAUCACCUCUGAUGCCAAUGUAUUGACAAAUGAAUUGCGUCUGAUCGCACAAGGAUAUCUUCUGCAAUACGGAGAACCAAUUCCAUGUGAACAACUUGUUUCCUGGCUUUGCGAUGUAAAACAAGCAUAUACACAGUAUGGUGGAAAGAGACCUUUUGGGGUUUCUAUUCUGUAUAUGGGAUGGGAUAAGCAUUAUGGAUAUCAAUUAUAUCAAUCAGAUCCAAGUGGAAAUUAUGGAGGAUGGAAAGCAACUUGUAUUGGAAACAAUGCUGCUGCAGCAGUGUCCUCACUGAAGCAAGAAUAUAAAGAUGGAGAGACAACACUGAAAGAUGCUAUGGCAUUAGCUAUAAAAGUACUAUCAAAAACUUUAGAUAUGAACAAAUUGUCUGCAGAAAAAGUUGAAAUGGCCACCUUAACGAGAGAAAAUGGUAAAACUCAGACAAGAAUUCUACCAGCAAGCGAAGUCAAUGCUUUAAUUGCAGAACACGAUCGUCUAGAAGCAGUCGCAGAACAAGCAAAGAAAGACAAACAAAAAUUAUAAAAGAAAAAGAUGCAUCUUGUAUUUUUUUUCAUAUGCAUUUCUGUUUAAAAUCUAUUAUCCUGGAGUGUCGUGAAUUUUGUUCACGUAGUCAUUGAUCUUCAUGUACAAUACGAAUUUGAAGCUUCUUUGUGUGUAACAUUCAAUACUGAAAGGAAAGCACAGGAAGAGGAAUAUGAAAGGAUAUAGCUAACUUAUAAUAAUGAAAAAAAUAAAAAUUUUCUACAUCU